GUUGUUCAAUGCCAAAUAGUUGAAACAAUAGAACGUCUUUCGCGGCUGUUCACACCGACUUCAUUGGAUUUCACAAAAUUCAUCCAUAAUCUUUUGGCUGUUAUCGCUAAAGUUAUAUCACUGCAAAUAAGGGACAAAACAACGCAUUCGCUGAUGAGUGCAACGCUAGCGUCACAUGCGAUUGAUGUACCAACACACUGGCGAAUUGAUCGUCAGAUUUCAAUUGACAUCGGACGUCUCGCAAAGCAGUUUCUCUCGGAUGUGAGUAAUGGUUCAAUAAGCGAGCAAUGGACGCAGUCCGUACGAAUCGAACUCGCCAAUCAAGUGAUGAAUCUGGCACGAUUGAACGCUGCCGAGUCGAACAGUUGUGAUCGAAUUGCGAUGAUAGCAACAACAUCGGCCACGCAAACAUCCUCCGAAUCAAAUACACUCAGUUCGUCGCGUCUGCAGAUCCUGAAAUCGGGCAAAUUCUGGCUCUCAGUCGCCGCCUUAUCGCUGAUCAAAGAAGCAAAAUGGUUGGAGCUGUCGUCGAUGUGGACCAGUCUUCAGGCGAAUAAAGAUCGCGAACCAGAGCCUUUAUGCGAUAAUCACGAUGAUGAUCGAACGCUAGCGCAGAUCUACUGUGAGGUUUGUCAGUGUUCGUUGUGUCGAGAAUGCUUCACGGUGCUUCAUCUCAACAAAAGAAACAGGUGA